CGAAUCUUAAUUGGGAACGCAGCUUGUGUGUCAAGUGGCUCAGAAAAGUGUCCCAGGAAGGAAGUAAUCCGAAUCCACUGGGGGUGAAUGAAAUCACGCAUUGAAACUUAGUUGAAAAAGAGCUCCCCUGGAUAGUCAUAUCAGCGUCUUCAAAAAAUGAGAAGGUAGGUUCAUGCGUUUUUAUAUUUCAGGUUUUUCGACAUAAUACGAAGCAACAAAGUCUACCUCAAGACGAAGCAUUUCUACCUGAGAGGGAGGAGUCCGAUGAGGAGGCACCCGCUAGCUUUCCACAGCAGGGGGCCUUCUGGGAAAAUCCGCUUUCCACUAGGUCGCUCAUCGCAGGCCUCGUUCGCGUCGGAGAAUCCCAGGAGGGUAUCGCAAACGCAAUGCGAGAUUCGCAGGUCGAGCACGACGAGUUCACCGGGAACGCAGCUGUGCACCUUGACGCCCUGCAGGCUCCUAGCCUCCUGAACCCAUGGCUGACGAUGCAGAGUUCAUGCUUCGCAGAGUCUGUGCCUUCCGAAAAGGUUUCGGGAAGUCCCCCGUCUCCCUGCUCUUAUACCUUUCCUGGCCAUUGUUACCUGCCGCCUGCCGUCGGCUACACGGAGCUACGCGGCGGAUUACCGCCGGCUUUUGCUUGCCCCUGGCUGACCUGUAUGCCUGAAGAAGGCAACGGAGAGGACGCGACCUUCGCCAUGGAAGUGCUGUACAACUGUGGGGAGCCCUGUGUACCGGUAGAGUGCGGAGAGAAGCGGGCGCUGCUGUACCCCUCUCGGCUGUGCCAGGGCAGCCGUGGUCUGUCAAUCUUGUACGGAGGCAUGUGGCUCACGCCAAAUGAGUUUCAGAGCGCCAGCGGAAGAGAGAAUGCCAAGGACUGGAAAAGAAGCAUCAAGCACAAGGGGAGGAAUCUGAAAUGGUUAAUCUCUAGAGGGCUGUUGAGUACUCAUCCCCCAGUUUGUGAACACACAGGAUGUGAUUUCCACCAGUUAACAGAUGGGAGUCAAGCACCAGGACAACUUUUGGGUCCAAGCAACCAGACAGAAAGCAAGGAUCUGUUAAUCUCCAAGAAUGAGGAGAAGAAGCAGGAGGAGAGCAAUCAUCUUGAAAGUAGUCAUUCAGGCUAUUUUGAUGGAGUCCUUUUGAAAGUAAAGAAUGAUCAAGAAGAGGCAGGUAUAAAGAAGUAUCUGCCAGGGACUAUUUCUAGCGCAGCUGCAGGAAGAAAACGACAAUUGCCCGAGACGGAAAGCUUGCUUUCAGACAACAGUGUGCAAAGUCAUUCACCCUCAGAAAAGCAGCACCGGACAUCAGAUCCACAAAGUGACAUGACACCCCGGGAGCAUUUAAGGAAGAUGUCUGCACUGGGAGAGCAGGGAAAUUUGGAAGAGAAGCAUUGGUACCGACUUGUGAACAAUAUGGCUGCAGGAGAGCUGCGACAAAGGCAGGAGGUAUUAAUGAGGAACCAAAUGACCAUGAAUGCUCAGUUAAUAAGCCCGGCACAGCAAAGGAUGCAGGCCAUAGCUCCCCCAUUUGAGCCUCGUUUCUUGGAGAGGGAUCUUGUAACUCCUGCUGAAAUGGUUCCCUCAGAAGCAAGGCAGAUGCACAUUGGCUCGCAUCUGGGGCCCCCUCUUCCACAACACUCAAGUAUCAUACCAAGUCGAGGCUUUCAGGGAGCAGGUUUUGGAUUUUUACCUUCUGAGCCUAUGGAUUCUGUUGCCCGUCGCCAAGAAAUGAUACACAAGCAAAACCUAGCCAGGAUGGAGAUGAAUGCCAUUCUUCAUCAAAAGGAAAUGGAAAGUGCACAUCAGAAAGGUUUACUUGGGAUGGAAGCACCAAUGCUGUAUCCUUCCAUUCCAACCAAUGCCAUAGCUUACCGGGGGAGGCACAGGCUUCAGGAAGGGCAUCUCCCAAGUGACUUGUUUGUCCAGCGUACAAAUUUAGAGGAUCUCCAAGGGAAUGCACUGCUUAUGUCCUCACACCCAUAUCCAACUGUCAACACUCUGCACAGGGAGAAAGUCCGUAGGUCUGGAAGAAGGGCUUCUAAUCAAAAAAAUGCAGACUGUAAUGUAGCUGGACAAAAGUACCAACUAGAAGAAAAGGUCAUGGACCAGGCCUCUGGAACUCCAGGGGAAGAAAAAGAGCUUGAAACAAAAGGUGAAUCUGAACAUGGGUCCACCAAUAAAGUGGACCAAGUGAAAAUGGAUGUUGACUUGUCAUCCAGUGGAGGGAAGAGUUACAAAGAAUGCGAACAGGGGCUAAGAAAAAGCUGUAACACUCAUGAAAGUUGUUCUGAUCCUACAAAUUGCAGUUCUGUGGACAAAGACCUUCCUAAUUCUUGCUCAUCUUUCCAUGAUAAAUAUACAUAUCCUGGAGCAGUUCCCCACACAGGAAUACCUUUUGGGUUUCCUGUGUCUAGCAAUGGACUUCUCCCUCCAGGAGCACACAGUGUAUUUAUUAAUGGAGAUGAAAUGUCUUCCAUUGAAGAUAUUCGCAAAUGGACAGUAGACGAUGUGUAUAACUUCAUCAAUAACAUACCUGGAUGCUCAGAAUAUGCACAGACAUUCAAGGACCAUGUCAUUGAUGGAGAGACUCUUCCACUACUAACUGAAGAGCACCUCCUUGACACGCUAGGCUUGAAACUUGGACCAGCUUUGAAAAUUCGAUCUCAGGUGUCUCGCCGACUGGGCAGUAUGUUUUACAUGAUGAAUCUGCCUCUCUCUACUGCUAUGUCAUCCAUGACAGAGAAGCCAGGAGACCAGUCCUCCGAUGUCAACUCUCCUGUUAACUGUAACAGUGCCAUUGACUUGCUAGGAAGCCCCUGCUCAAGAGAAUUAGAAAGCAGUAAACCUCAGGAACAAGCAGCUCCUUCAGAUACCAGUGUGGCUCUCAGCGAAACAACAUAGCUCUUCCUAAGCUGGAUUUGGAGAAAUGUUGAGCUGGAUUCAACUUUUUUUAUUCAUUUAUUAUGAAAUAUUAAAUGGUUCAGGGAAUCCUAUUUAGUAUAGCAUCUGUGGCCUUGAUUUAUUAAAGACUUUUUUUUUUUUUGAAAAUGGCCUAGUUGCAGUAUUAUUCUUAUAUACAACAUGUUGGAAAGGAAAAAAAAUUAAAUUGCACAUUCAGAAUGCAGAAUGUAUUGACAACUGUUUUUAAAGUGUUUGCAAGUUAAAAUAAAUGGGCUAAUUUUUUUUUUUAAAUGAAACAGUGAAUCAUAUCAAAAAUUAAAGUAAAGAUAAUAAUGUAAUAGCUUGA